UUUCAGCUCGUCCCCCAGAUAUGGGCCAACUGGCGGACGAAACGGACGGAGGGCCUCCCGAGCUUCAUGAUGUUCCUCUGGGCACUAUGCGGCGUUCCGUUCGGCGUGUACGCGAUUGCGCAGAACUUCAACAUUCCGCUUCAGAUCCAGCCGCAGAUGUUUAUGUCUCUUUGUCUUGUCAGCUGGGCACAAAUCUUGGUCUACGGAAAGAAGUGGCCGACAUGGAAAGCCACCCUCGUGGCCUUCACGGUGGCUGCCGUGUUUGGAGGCGUCGAAGUGGCGUUGGUUCUCACGUUGAGGCCCAUUUAUGAAGGAGGGAAUGAAGUCCCGGUCUUGGUGAUUGGAAUCAUAGCCGCCAUCCUGCUCGCCGUGGGGCUUCUUCCGCCGUAUGGCGAGCUGUGGAAGAGGAGAGGGAGAGUAGUAGGGAUCAACUUUGUCUUCCUCGCAAUGGAUUGGUCCGGCGCAUUCUUCUCGCUUAUGGCAUUAGCCGCGCAGAAUACGUUUGACGUUCUGGGUGGUGUUCUAUAUAUAAUAUGCUGCGUCCUCGAGAUCGGAAUCUUCUCCUCGCACCUGAUAUGGCUGGUCCGCACGCGGAAGAUUCGAAGAGCGGCAGCUGCCGAAGGCAAGACGUUUGACGACAUCGCCGCCGAGCAUGAGGCGCAGGGAAUCCCUUUCCGGUUUGCCGAGAGGAAACAGCGGAAGUUUCGGCGUGGGAGUUUGGAUGGUGUGGAAGCCAACGACCGGGCUGCCGAGUGCAGAGAGUCUUCCAGCAGCGGCGCGCAAGCCCCAUGCGCGGAACCAGACUCAACGCCAUCCACAGAUCUUGCGGAGUAG